AUGUUCUCUUCAUGCCUACGAGAUCCUUCUGACAUUGCUAAUGGGUACGCGCAGAUUAGACAUGGAGAGUCCACGCACAACGUGCAAGCUCUCUGGUCGGGCUGCACGGAGUGUCCACUCACAGAAAGAGGGACGCAGCAAGCACGCGCCGUAGGCGCAUACUUCGCGAACACAAAAUUCACCAAGAUCUACGCGUCCCCUCUACCGCGCGCACGGGACACAGCUCAGGCAGUACUCGACGCGCAGCCCACGCCUAAGCCGUCUCAUGAUUUCACCAUCGCCCUGAUCAGAGAACAAAGUUUUGGUGCCGCGGAAGGCCAUCAGAUAUCCAUACGGGAACCAGGCAAGACACUCGAAGCUCACUUUGCAGAAGAGAAGUACCCGUUUUUGAGGGGUGAGAGGGCAGUGAGGGAGGUUGUGCUGCCGCAUGUGGCGAGUGUUGCGAGGUCGGGGAGGGACGAGCAUAUUGCGCUUGUGAGUCAUGGGUUGUGUAUCGCGCAAGUGACGGGCGCGAUUGUGAGAUUGGGCGGGGGAACAUGGAAGCGAAAGGGACCCAUGGUCAAUACGGGGUGGGUGAGGGUAGAGGUACAAAUUCAGGGCGGGAUACCAGUGGAAGUCGGGGAUGGCGAGGUUCCUCCGGUAGAAGUGAUAGUGACAGACGAGGGCAGGGCAGAUCACCUUGAGGGCCUUCUCGACGGAGGCCCACUUCAAGGCAUGAAAGCGAUUAUGGGUGGAGGAGUGGUGGUGGAGGGAAAGAACGCGAAUGAGGCGGAGGCUAUCGCACAGACGUCUAGUAGGAAUCGGGUAUAGAGCUUGUCACAUAUAUAUUUCAGAUAAUUGACGCAUGCAAGUACUGCUGGUA